AUUUUCUGUGUUCAGUGUUUAAAAUGUGAUUUUUACCAAACCUUUUGUUUAACAAAGUGUCAAACUCGUAUUCUAGUUGGUGUCUAACUGAUCAUUUUUCCUGAAAAUAUGGCUGCACUGUUGACUCUUUCAUCACUCUAUGGAUUUUUUUUUACCUUGCUUUGAAGAACCUUCUGUAGCCUACAGCCACAUUGCACUCACUUAUUCCUAAAAUCUGUCCCACGUCUUUGUUUUUUCCUGAUAAUGCAAAUUCAAGUGGGAGCCCCUCACGCUGGCCCGGCCCACUCUGCAGUCAGAGCAGCUCUCACUUUGACGCUGCUGAGCAGUGAACAAGUUCAUCUGCGGUGCUGUAGAGCUGUGCUGGCUCUUUUAGCUGACUAAACACAGGGACUCUGUGCUACUUCAGCAGUCAUAAAUGGAUCUUGACUGCCUGGCCGCCCACACCAUAUUCAAGUUCUGCUGCGGUGACAUGUUACUACAGUACAGUGUGGAACUGCCUAUGUGAUCUAAAGUGAGGACCAGGAUCUCUGCAGCAUGUCAGACAUGGAGGGACAAAGAGCCUGCAUUGAAGGGAGCUGAAGGGUUUGUGGCUGAAGGUGCAAGCUAGCAAAGAGCUGAAGAAAGAUUCCUGUGUGGAGCUUUAACAGACAUUUGUGCCCAUCUUUAGCAGGUUUUGAUUACCGUCUACUGGCUUGGUCGUGCUGCCAACAGCUUCACCUCCUACAGUGGGCCAACACUGGACCUAAAAGAGUUUGAGGCCCUGCUGUCACAAAUGCAAAAGGAGGCAGAGGUGACGGAAAGCCCAAGUCUCAGCAUCCGGGACAGUGGCUAUAUCGACUGCUGGGACUCUGAGCGCAGUGACUCUCUGUCUCCGCCGCGUCACGGGCGCGAGGAUUCAUUUGACAGCCUGGACUCCUUUGGUUCCCGCUCACAGCAGACCCCAUCGCCAGAUGUCCUGGCUGUCCGCGGUAGUAGUGAUGGCCGUGGCAGUGACUCAGAGUCUGAUGGCCUUCCGAACAGGAAGAUGCCAGACAUCCAUAAGGAUGACAUGUUGGCGCGGCGAACAUCAGUCACUGAGCUACGGACCGCCAUGCCGUUCAACCAGUACCUGCCCAAUAAGAGCAAUCAGAGCGGAUAUGUGCCGCUGGCGCUCCGCAAGAAGAAGAACAACAAAGAAGCAGACGGAGGCGGAAGCUGGAGUACUACCACCUCACCUGUGGGGGGGAGUAGGCCUUGCAGUACUCCAGCCCGCUCAUGCUCAGAGGAACUCCUUGCACAUUCAGCAUCUGUUGUAACAAACAACACCAUCAACGCGGCUGGAGGACAUCAGACGGAUACACACCAACAGGAUGCAGGAGGCGCAGGUGCAAAGGGAGGUGAUACACUGGCUUUUCAGAGCCUGGCCUUGACUACUUCUGACUUCAGUGUGUUGCCCAGUGCCAUGGCAACCACUUCAACGGGAACAUCAGAUACAGACCGACAAAAGGGAAUGACACUAAGUGAGAGAGAUGACGGAAAAGAAGAGAAACCUUGGUUGGACUUCUUUCUUCCAGCAACGAGUAUGAGUAUGGUGGACAUGCACGGUGAGGAAAAUAGGCUGCAGCCACACAGUCAGGUGCGUCACGAGCAGAUGCUCAACCAGUACAACCAGAUGAAGGAAGAGGAAAGUCACUGGCAGGAUGACCUGGCCCGAUGGAAAAGUCGUAGGAGGAGUAUAUCUCAGGAUCUCAUUAAAAAAGAGGAGGAGAGGAAACUGAUGGAGCAGUUAUUGACAGGACAUGUGGACAUUUCUCAGAGGAGGAGAAGCAUCAAGACUUACAGAGAGAUAGUCCAGGACAAGGAGCAGCGUGAGGAGGAGCUGCGACUGGCAUACAAACAAGCUAAAACUCCAGAGGAAGCAUCAGCCAUCCUUCACCGUUAUGCACAGCGUUUCUCCGUCAGUGAAGCCGUACUGGAACGCCUGCAGCUGCCAAAGCUCCUGGACCGCAGCGUGUCCGCUGACCCUUCCUUCCCAAUCUCUCUGUCAGCCUCUCCCACAACUCCAGAUCCUUUUGAUGAAGACCCAGACGGGCCCUUGAAAUAUCUGCGACAACAUUCAGCACCAACUCCAAAGUUUACGUCAACACUGGAGGCACGAAUAGAAGAGAUUCCCAAAGAGCCACCGUCCCAGCAGAGACUUCACGUCCGCUCUCGCUCAUCGGAGCCGCCCUCAACCCGAGCCCUAUCCCCCAAAGCUGUGCCUUUGCUCUCCCCCAAGCCUUACAUCCAGUUCCGACCUGCUGCAGCUGAAACCAGGGACAGCAAGACAGGACGUGUACUGCAGGUAAACGGUGAAGACAGCAUUGGUGCUCCUCACAUGAAGCCCCAGAGUGAGGAGAGAGAAACUCCUCACUUCCAGGCAUCUCCCUCCUCGUCUGGAAACAAGGCUUCAGACACCUCAACCCACAGUGAUGAAGGAGGGAGGCCGUCCUCGACAACGGCCUCUCUGACAAGCUGCUGCUCUGAGGCAGCUACCCAGGACAUCCGCCAAGAGCACGCCAUUGAGCGCUCCACACCUCCCAGCCGCCCUACUUCACUCCCAGAGAAGCUGCAAACGCCAGAUGGAAGCUUUGUUGAGACUGUGGGUCACCCCAAUGCACCGUUAAACACUACAGAUCAACAAGCGCCACCUGCAGGUCUGAGUCCCACACUGCUCCCCUCACACCUUGUGGUGGAUUUCACAGUGGAAGAAAAAGCCAAACAGGAGCAACAGAAAACUGAGCUCACCAGUGAAAAUCUCUCAAGCCUGAUCCGGUCAGAAAUGCACACACAGAAAAACAAGCCCAAAACCGCAGCGGAACCCUCACAAACAGAGACGAAGCUCAGCUUGGAAGCUUCAGCAUCGUUUGGAUAUCAACCCUCGAGGGAAACUCCAGCAGACUUUGAAAUCAGUGUCAGGUCUCUGCAGGCAACCAGCAACCCUAAGUUACGCUGGGAGUUCUUCGCUCUGUCAGAGGACGCAGAAAAGGAUCAGUGCAAAAAUGUUUCAGUGCCGGUAUUUCCCCAGGCCAAGCGGGAAGACCGCUGGUCUUGGGACCCGGAUGAGGAGCGAAAGCGUCAGGAAAGGUGGCAGCAAGAGCAGGAGCACAUGCUGCAGGAGAAGUACCAGCGAGAGCAGGAGAAGUUGAAGGAGGAGUGGGAGAAAGCGCAGAGGGAAGUCAUGGAGGAGGAGAGGAAAUACCGUGAGGAGGAACGAAGGAUACUGGAAGAAACGGUGAUGCCGCUGACGCCCCGCUCAUCAGCCUUGCCCUCGCCCAGCCGGGGGGAGCUAAUGUCCUCCUCUGGGGCUCAGGACACAAUCUUCCAGUCACAACCUGAGCGAGAACACAUACAGGAAGUGCUGGAGGGGCAGACAAGAACCACAGAGGAGAACAGGAGGAGUGACAUCAGCACCGCUGAGGAGAGCUCCAAAGCUGCCAGAAGCUUGGUGAGUCAGAACAGCAGUCAGGCAGAGAGUUCUGGUCGCCAAACACCUUUUCCAGCCCAGUCUUCAGCUCCAGUGAAGACGCCACAUGUGCACACGGCAGACAGCAGCAGACCCAGCCGGCCUGCAGGAGAGCAAAGGAAUGACCUGAUGGGUUCUAGCGUAGGCCACAGCUCCCCAAAGCCUCCUGCAGCAGCAGACGCUCAGCCUCCAGCGCCCAGCAGGUCUGUCAGUGGGAAGAAGCUGUGCUCCAGCUGCACUCAGCCAUUAGGGAAAGGUGCAGCAAUGAUCAUCGAGACUCUCAGUCUCUAUUUCCACAUCCACUGCUUCAAGUGUGGUCUGUGCAAAGGGCAGUUAGGCGACACAACCACCGGCACCGACGUCCGGAUCAGAAACGGGCUCCUGAACUGCCACCAGUGCUACAUCCGCUCCCGCUCGGCUGGACAGCCAACCACAUUGUGAUGCUGAACUGGAAAGCAUGGAGUUCAAAGAAGAAACUCAUCCCAGAUGAACCAUCUGCAGCGUGUCAGGAUGCUUGCUUCCCCUGCAGCCCAAUAACCACCGGAAAUUCAUUAUGUUAACAAAAAUGGGGUCGAGGGCAGUUGACCAUUCAAGACAAUAUAGUUUGUAUUUGUGUCAUCAGAUCUGUGGGUCAAAUCUGGAUUUGAUUGGUCCUUGUGCAACCAUGUUUAAUCCCACAGCAAGACAGAUGUCACUCAGAGACGGCCAUGUUGGAAAUAGAGACAUUAGCAGGUUUCCUCAAGCUGCAGGUGAUGAGAAUCCCAGAACCGCAACAGCAAUCUGUUGUUCUGAAUUAGAAUAAUGCUAAAGUUUGUUUUCCUGUUUGGGUGAGUCUUUUGGCAGAAGAGAAACAAAGAACAACCUGGAUCUUUUUAGGUCUCCACUGGCUGAAUCUGACAGUUACAAAUUUAUUUAAUUCUCUUCAAUCAAAUAACAGAUUCAAAGAAACAGAAGCUUCAUUUUAAAGGUGCAAAGUUUUCACUUUUAUCUAAAUAUUAAUAUGAUAUGCAAUUAGUAUAUUUGUAACCUUUUCCUGUAAUGCAAAGGUGCAGAAUAGAUGCAGGAUGUUUGAGCUGCUUCUGUACUUCUGCUGCUCCAGGAUCAGUUUGGAAGGAUUUGGAUGAGCAACAUAAUGUGGAAAAAACAAACAGCUGUUUAUUAUUUUUGGUUUGAAGUCAUUCAUUUGGCCCAAAUCACACCCCAUAGAUGUAAACGGUCAUUUGGAGUCCUUCAUUACUCCACUUUAAGCUCCUGAACAUUUAUUGUUUUAAAAGCUCCUGCAGCUGUGACAGCAGCUCCCUCCCAGAAUGGCUCCAGUGCAGAGAAAACACUCACAUGUUCAGAUGUGUGUCAACUGAUAGGACUUUAACUUUCUUAAGUUGUAAUGAUUUUGGGUUAUUAAAGUGUAAUAAACAUUAGCUUUGUUGUCUUUUAGAUCAGGUCUGAGUGUAAGUGUACAGUAAGUGGAGUAAAAAGGAGGAAAUGUGGGUUUACCCCAAAUGUUUCUACUGUGAUGGAGACUUCUGGAUGCUGGAAGAAAGGAAGUUAUUUUCACAGUCAAAUAGUUCCUUUGAAAAGAUUUGAAAAUACACAGUAAUCCCCAGAUGUUUCAUUUAGUUACACUGCAAAGUAAAAUGGACACAUACCGGCAGCUGCUGCAUCAAUCUUGACCCAGAAUACCAACUUAAAACAAUGGCUACCAGCUUCACAUUUUAACUAGCUUUCUUUUCAGUAAAGGAAAAUGUUGAUUUACAAAAAAACCCUGCAUGUUUAAGCUAAAGCCAAAAGAAUUACUAACCUGGCUCUCCUUCUGCCACCUGAUCCUCGUCCUCCAGCGGGUGUCGUCUCUCUCAACGGCUGCAUUCUUAAGCUUUGGUUGUGGUUGUGUAUUUUAUCUUUAUCCUUAUUUAGUUCUAAAUACAUCUCAGUUGGGUCUCUUGCGCUGGGAUCUUUGAAACAUACUUCUUUAGUGGAAAACAAACAUGUUGUGUGUCUGUUCUGUAUUUAUUGUAAAGAUUUACCUAAACACUAUCAAGAAUGUAGGUUCAUUUAAUGUUUAAAUGCAAGGGCGUUUGUUAUGACAUAUUUUAUGUUUAUAAAUAAAAUGUUACAAACUAG